AUGACAAAUGUUUCACCAAGGGAUUCCGAAAGAUUUCACCUCAAACUAAUCCUUGGACAUGCGACAAAUGCAAGGAGUUUUAUAGAUUUACGCACUGUAAACGGGAAGGAAUGGAAUACAUUUAGAGAGGCUGCAGUGGAUAUGGGUUUAACUGCGACAAAUGACGAAGCUUUCAAAAUAUUCGACGAAGCUGUUUCAAUACUUAUGCCGAAACGGUUACGUCAUUUUUUUGUGUGGUAUUUAAUCGGUGAAAUGCCAUCGAACGCGAUAGAUUUAUGGAAUACUUACAAGAAAGCACUAUCUGAAGACUUCGUGGAUCAGCAUGAAAAUAGAGCACUAUGUGCAAUUGAGCAUCUUCUCAGAGCUGAGGCAAGAUCAUGUGCAGAUUCUUACUUACCAAUACCGGAGAUAAUUUUCGAAAAUGAAGCGGACGAAAUAACAGUGGAAAAUAUAGAAACCUUUGCAAAGAAAGGCAAUGAACUGGUGAAGCAAUUAAACAACGAUCAGAAAAUGAUUUAUACACAAAUUUUUGAUAAUAUUAUGGAUAACAAAAGUACUGAUAGAAAGCAAGAAAAAUGCUUUUACAUCGAUGGAUCAGGAGGAACAGGAAAAACAUUUUUAUACAACGCAUUGUACUACAUGUUGAAAUCUGAAAAAAAAAAUGUUGCAUGUGUUGCUUGGACAGGUAUAGCAGCCAUCUUACUACCAUAUGGCACAACCGCGCACAAAACAUUUGGAUUACCAUUGACACUGCAAAAGGAAGGAACAAUUUUCACAAAUGCAACGAUGAAGAAAAAAAUACAAAGUAUAGAUGUAUUUAUAUGGGAUGAAUGUUCGAUGAUACCGAAAAUUGCUUUAGAAUUGAUCGACAGAACGUUAAAAGAUAUAAUGGAAGACGCAUCACCGUUUGGUGGGAAGACUAUAAUACUAGGUGGAGACUUCAGACAAGUUUUACCCAUUGUGAAACGAGGAGGUAAACAACCAAUAAUAGAGGAAACAAUUAAAUACUCUACACUUUGGAGUAUAUUUGAAAAAUUAAGCUUGAAAAAAAAUAUGCGAGCAAAGGAGGAUGCCGCAAAGUUUUCAGAGUGGUUACUUAAUAUAGGUAAUGGAGAAGUGGAGUUGUUUGUACCAGAGAAAGAAAUACAAAGCAACAAUUUAGUAGACGAUUUAUAUCCAAGAAAUUUGCCACUUGAUGAAUUAACAAACAGAGCCAUCUUAGCUCCAUUGAAUGUCGAAGUUAAUCAGUUAAAUACAGAGAUACUACGCAGAAUGGAUGGCAAUAUAUUCGAAUCAAAAAGCAUAGAUUACGCAACAUUACAAGGAAUUGAUACUGCAGAUGCAGCACUUGACGAAGAAGCUACUCUGCGAUAUCCGAUAGAGUAUUUGAAUGGAUUAACGCCAUCAGGUUUACCACCACACAAUCUACAGCUGAAAGUCGGAGCAAUUGUGAUGUCAUUGCGAAAUUUAUCAAUAUCAGAUGGUUUAUGCAAUGGAACACGGUUAGUUGUAAGAGAAAUUCACUCUAGAAUUUAG